AGCGCCAGCCACCAUCAGCCAGCAGCUGGACACUGAAGACCGAGAUCAGGCAGCGACAACAGCCGUCUGACCCUGAUCGCAGCACCAACACGGCGAAGCAUUACAAAAUGUCGACGUUCUGGAUCGAGAAGUUUGAUGGUUACACACAUCAAGACCCGGUCGUCUGGUGGCAAGGAUUCACAACGGAGUUGGGGAUUCAUGAGGUCCCCGAGCAUCUGUUCAUCGGCGCACUGUUCCGUAACGCCAAGGGAGGAUGCCAGAUCUGGCUCAGCCAUAUGGCAACCGUCCACGGCGUCCAAGUCUUCGACCUACACAAGAAGGUCUCCUGGGAGGAUCUGACAAAAGAAUGGAAGAAGCGGUUCAUCGUGGACGACGCCCCGACGCUCGCCAUCAACCGCAUCUUCACGAUGGCUCAAGGAAACACAGCGACACGUGAUUGGCUCACGGAUUGGCAGAAGAUCGUGGCGACGCCCGAUCUGGAUAUUAGCACCUUCGCAGCGCCAGCCACCAUCAGCCAGCAGCUGGACACAGAAGACCGAGAUCAGGCAGCAACAAGACAGUACAACACCUUCGCCGAAAUCAUCAACAAGGCGAGGGAGAUCAUCAAGACAAACAGGGCGGCUGCACACGAGAAGUCAACGUGGCAGCCAACCUAUGWAGAGAAGGUGAGAACUGGUCCGCGGCCGCAGCAUGUCGCUGCAGUCCAAACGGACAACAUUGUGGAAGACCCGACAGCCACCCAAGCGUCACGUGAGGGAGAUCAGGUGGCUGCUAUCCAGCCGCGAAGCAACAACAAGUCCCGAGGAAACGGGAAGGCGAAAACCGCAUCGCCGGCCGGAAACGGACAGCCAGCACCAUGGGUCAAGUUUCACUUGACCAAACGGAAUACAAGUGGCGCGGCCGCUACGGCUGCUGCUAUUGGUGCAACAGCACCAAGCACAAGACCUCCCAAUGCCUGGAUCAAGGCAAGGAGGAUGUUCGGCCUCGUAUCAACUCGGGAAACCGAGUUACGCGGGAGCGAGGAUCACCCGGUGAACUUCUAUCGCCGCACUGUUUACGUUCGUGAUCGGAACGGAGUACUAGUCCCAUGCAUGGUAGCUUGUCCUCACCCUUCGAUUAGCUGCCACGUGGUGUCCGCCGCAAGGAUGCAAGCUUCCAUCAUCAGAGACGACAUCGAGGAGAUGGGGGUGUGUUUUCUCCACGCCCUUCCGCCCCAUGAUGCUUCAUCGACGGACUCGUCUUUGGACCCACGCAUCAUCGAACUUCUCGACGCCUACGGCGACGUGUUCGAAGGCCCGCAUGGAGUAGUAUCGGAUCGGCCCACCCGCCACGAGAUCAUUCUCGAGGACGGGGUUGUACCUCCGCGUGGUUGCAUCUACCGAAUGAGCGAGGAAGAGUUAAGUGUGCUCCGGGCACAACUCGACGACCUUCUGGAGAAAGGUUGGAUUCGGCCUAGCUCUUCGCCAUACGGUGCUCCCGUUCUCUUCGUCCGGAAGAAGAACAAGGAUUUGCGGUUGUGCAUCGAUUAUCGCAAGCUCAACGCGCAAACGGUCAGAAACGUCUGCCCUCUUCCACGCAUCGACGAUCUUCUCGAACGGUUGGGUGGCGCCAAGUUCUUCUCGAAGCUUGACCUCAAGUCGGGAUAUCACCAACUCGAGAUUCGGCAGGAGGACCGCUACAAGACCGCGUUUAAGACGCGAUAUGGGCAUUUCGAAUGGCUGGUUAUGCCAUUUGGCCUUACGAAUGCCUCGACCACUUUCCAAGCGGCUAUGACAACGGACCGGAGUUUGGACGAGCAUGUGGAACACCUCCGCACCGUUUUGGAGCGGCUACGACAAGCCAAGUACAAAGCCAACCGCGACAAAUGCGAAUUUGCGCGGCAAGAGCUGGAGUACUUGGGACAUUAUGUGACGCCGCAAGGCAUCCGUCCGCUUGCGGACAAGAUCGAGGCCCUCCGCGAGUCCGACACAACAAUGAAACCAAGUUCGGCUCGGCAUCCUCAGACAGACGGGCAGACGGAGCGGGCACAUCAAACCGCUCAAAUGAUGCUUCGUACGCUCAUCCGUCCGGACCAGAAAGAUUGGGUUGACCGCCUCUUCGACAUCGAGUUCGCCUACAACACUUCGGUGCACCCGGCGAUCGGCAUGACUCCAUUCAAGUUACACCACGGUGGACGGAAAGGCUGUAUCUUCGCCAACCUUCUCCUCCCACGACCAGCCGACAUCGAUGCCGCUUGCUCUCCCGCUUCCUUCCGGAAGUACAGGGAAUUGCUGGCUCAAGGCCGCGCGAACAUGCAAAAGGCUCGAGUCCGCAUGCAGCAGCAAGCCAACAGGCGUCGCGUGCCAUGUCCCAUCCGCGCCGGUGAUCUGGUUUGGGUCUCCACGGAAGAGUUUGCGCUGGAACAUGAUGUUUCACGCAAACUGCUUCCCAAGUGGUUUGGACCAUGGCCCGUAACAUCAGCCACGGGCGAUGAGCCCGAUGGCCCUUCAUUUGUGAUCAACAUCCCCCCGCAUCUGAUGGUCCAUCCAGUCUUUCACGCCUCGAAGCUGGCAACAUAUACACCAGCUAAGAGCGACGACUUCCCGGGCCGACGAUCGCAGGAUCCUCCAUCUAUGGAUGGUCAUCAGGAAGUUGACCGCGUCAUCACGGAUCGCAAGUAUGGCACGACCGAAUCUUCACCUACAGACCUGUCUUCGGACCCCCACAUGGUGUGGUUGCUUGGCGAGUUCGUCUACAUCCUCGAGUCUCCUACCGGUGUGGUGCCGGAUCGGCCGAUCUCCCAUGAGAUCAUUCUUCAUGGCAUUGUCGUGCCGCUGAAAGGUUGCAUCUAUCGCAUGAGCGAGGAAGAGCUUGUCGCUCUCCGCACUCAUCUCGAUGACUUGUUGGACAAGGGUUGGAUCCGCCUUAGUAGCUCACCAUAUGGUGCGCCAGUUCUCUUCGUACAGAAGAAAAACAAGGACCUUCGCUUGUGCAUUGACUAUCGCAAGCUCAACGCGCAAACCAUCAAGAAUGUGGGGCCUCUUGCUCGUAUUGACGAUCUUCUUGAUUGUUUGGGCGGCGCAAAGUACUUUUCGAACUUGGACUUGAAGCCAUGCUAUCAUCAAAUUUCGAUAUACCCGCAAGAACACAAAUUUGGGUUUAAGACGUGGUACGGGCAUUUUGAGUGGAUUGUCAUGCCUUUCAGCCUCACCAAUGUCACAAUGACUUUUCAAGCGACAAUGACGAAGGAGUUUUGCGCGGUGCUGGACCGGUUUGUGCUGGUCUACUUGGACGGCAUUCUCGUCUAUAGCCGGACCUUGGAGGACCACCUCGAGCAUCUUCGACAUGUGUUGGAGACGCUCUGUUGCGCAGUGUUUACAUGGGGCUACAAAAUGGUGAUUCCCAAGAGGGUGAUUGUUGCUCGUGAUACGAGAAAGGGAGGUGGUGUCCCUCUGAAAUUUCACCGGGCAGAGAAACUGCAUGUGGUGGCAAUUGCUGCGGGCGUCUUUCAUAGCACAGCGAUCACUAGGGAUGGUUGUCGUGAUCACAUUCGGAUCAUCGUCGUGAUGAUCUUCGUCAAGGUCGUGAUCGUGUCUUCCGUGAUCACGUUCGUGAUUGCGAUCGUGUUCGUGACCUUCUACCAAGUCGUCAUCAAGAUCCGGCCGACGCAAUCACCAACGUCGACGUGAUAUUCUACUUCAGCGCGCGCACGUGCCCGCGCGAUUUUCGGAGAUUUUCGGAAGUACUGCUCCGAUACCAAACUGCAAUGAACCCAAGCGAGAUAA